AUGGCAAUGGUGGCGGCCGAGGGGAGCGGGCGCAGGGACGCCGAGGCGGAGCUCAACCUGCCGCCGGGGUUCCGGUUCCACCCCACCGACGAGGAGCUCGUGGUGUACUACCUCUGCAGGAAGGUGGCGCGGCAGCAGCUGCCCGUGCCCAUCAUCGCGGAGGUCGAUCUUUACAAGGUCGAUCCGUGGGAUCUGCCCGAGAAGGCGCUGUUCGGCCGCAAGGAAUGGUACUUCUUCACGCCGCGGGACCGCAAGUACCCGAACGGCUCGCGCCCCAACCGCGCCGCCGGGAGUGGGUACUGGAAGGCGACGGGGGCCGACAAGCCGAUCGUGCCCAAGGGCAGCGGCAGGGUGGCGGGGAUCAAGAAGGCGCUCGUGUUCUACUCCGGCAAGGCGCCCAGGGGCGUCAAGACAGACUGGAUCAUGCACGAGUACCGCCUCGCCGACGCGGACCGAGCACCGGGCAAGAAGGGCUCGCAGAAGCUGGACGAGUGGGUGCUGUGCCGGCUGUACAACAAGAAGAACAACUGGGAGAAGGUGAAGGUGGAGGAGCCGGAAGCGGCGGCGGCGCACCAGCACCGGCAGAGCGCGGCGGAGGAUUCCAUGUCUGACAGCUUCCAGACGCACGACUCGGACAUCGACAACGCUUCCGGCAUGAUGCAGAAUAGCUUCGGUGACAUGGUGCAGGGGCAGGCCAUGACCACGAGGAACGGCAUUGGCACCGUGACGGUGAAGGAGGACAACGACUGGUUCACCGACCUGAAUCUGGAUGAUCUGCAGGCGUCCUACAACAUGGCACAUAUGGUGAGUCCGAACCCGGUCCAGACGGUGAACCUGGUGGCUGGGCAAGGCCAUGGCUACCUGCAGUCCAUGAGCUCGCCGUCGAUGAAGAUGUGGCAGACAAUCCUGCCACCGUUCUGA